UAUAUGUUUAGUGCACUACGGGACUGUGUACCUGCUAUGAUGCAUGCAAGACACUUGGAAUCUUACGAGAUGCUUCUGGAAUGCUAUGACAAAGAAAUCAUGGAAGUGCUCAAUGAGCACUUGCUGGACAAACUAUGUAAAGAGAUAGAAAAGGACCUGCGCUUAUCAGUUCAUACACACCUAAAGCUGGAUGACAGAAACCCCUUCAGAGUUGGUAUGAAGGAUCUUGCUCACUUCUUCUUUCUGAACCCAAUACGUUUUUUCAAUCGGUUCAUUGACAUCAAAGCUUAUGUAACUCACUAUUUGGACAAGACCUUCUACAACUUAACGACCGUAGCUCUUCACGACUGGGCCACCUACAGUGAAAUGAGAAACUUAGCGACUCAACGUUAUGGUUUAAGUAUGACUGAAGCACAUCUUCCCAGCCAGACUCUGGAACAGGGUCUGGAUGUUUUGGAAAUCAUGAGAAAUAUUCAUGUUUUUGUAUCCCGCUACCUCUACAAUCUGAAUAAUCAGAUCUUCAUUGAAAGAACAAGUAAUAACAAACACUUGAACACUAUCAAUAUCCGACACAUUGCGAAUUCAAUUCGAACUCAUGGAACUGGAAUCAUGAACACAACAGUAAACUUCACUUACCAAUUUUUGAGGAAAAAGUUUUAUAUUUUUAGCCAGUUCAUGUAUGAUGAACAUAUCAAAUCCAGGCUUAUCAAAGACAUCAGAUUCUUCAGGGAAGUCAAGGAUCAAAAUGAUCACAAGUAUCCCUUUGAAAGAGCAGAUAAAUUCAACCGUGGCAUCAGGAAGCUUGGAAUAACCCCGGAUGGCCAGAGCUAUCUUGACCAGUUCAGGCAACUCAUAAGUCAAAUUGGCAAUGCUAUGGGUUAUGUACGAAUGAUAAGAUCCGGUGGACUUCACUGCUGCAGUAGUGCAAUUAGGUUUGUUCCUGAUCUGGAAGAUAUCGUUAACUUUGAAGAACUGGUGAAAGAAGAAGGACUUUCAGAAGAAACACAAAAAGCAGCAAGGCAGUUGGACUCUGUCCUCAGUGACCUCACCCGUAACUUUGCAGAGGGAACGGAGUACUUCAAAAUGCUUGUGGACGUGUUUGCUCCUGAAUUCCGCAGUCCAAAGAAUAUGCAUUUGCGGAAUUUCUAUAUAAUUGUUCCCCCACUGACCCUCAAUUUUGUAGAGCAUUCGAUCAGUUGCAAGGAGAAAUUGAAUAAGAAGAAUAAAAGUGGAGCAGCUUUCACUGAUGAUGGGUUUGCCAUGGGUGUGGCGUACAUUCUGAAGCUUUUGGAUCAGUACCAGGAGUUUGAUUCUCUGCACUGGUUCCAGUCUGUCAGAGAGAAGUAUGUGAAGGAAAUAAGAGCAGUAGCUAAGCAACAGAGUGUGCAGUCCACUAAUCAAGAUGAAAAACUACUACAAACUAUGAACCUUACCCACAAGCGACUGGAAGUUUGUUUACAGGAAUUUGAGCUCCUUUAUUUCUCCCUAAGUAGUGCAAGAAUUUUUUUCAGAGCAGAUAAAACUGCAGCAGAAGAAAACCAGGAAAAGAAAGAAAAAGAAGAAGAAUCUGUUAAAGCAAGCAACGGAGAUCUCUCCAACGCUACGCCUGCAGACCCUGUUGUGAAGUGA